AUGUCUCGUGGUUGGACUCUGAACGGCCAAAGCGGCUUUGACAAAUGCCUCCAGUACGAGGAGAACAUCCCAAGGACCAGCACGCUGGCGUCAAACGAGGUCCUGGUGGAACUCCACGCCGCCAGCCUGAACUAUCGUGAGCUUGCGAUUGCCAAUACCGAUGGCCCAACGGCGGCGCGGGCAGGCCCGAUCCGACCCAACAUAGUCCCCGGCUCCGACGGCGCCGGAGUCGUCAAGCAAGUCGGGGCGGCCGUGUCCGCUUUCCGCCCCGGUGACCGUGUCAUCACCCACCUGGCUCCCAACUUGGUCGAAAGAUCCGGAGACGAAGCCCUGCCCGCCUACCAUGACAUUGCAGACGGCCUCGGCCAAGUUGUCGACGGAACCCUGCGGUCGGAGGGUGUUUUCGCGGAGACCGCGCUCGUCUCUGCCCCCGAGUCUCUGGACUGGCCGGAAGCCGCGACCUUGACAUGCAGCGGGCUCACGGCUUGGAACUCUCUGUUUGGUCUCAAGGGCAGGGAGCCCGGACCGGGGACGUGGGUCCUCGUCCAGGGGACGGGGGGCGUCAGCAUCGCCGCUCUGCAGCUCGCCCUCGCAGCCGGGGCUACCGUAAUUGCCACGACUUCUUCCGAGGACAAGGCGAAGCGGCUGAGAGACCUCGGCGCGAAAGCCACCGUCAGCUAUCGCGAGAACCCCGAAGACUGGGGCGUCAAGGCCAGAGACCUCACCCCGAACUGGAGAGGCUUCGAUAUCGUUGUCGAUAUUGCCGGCGACGACUCGCUUGCACAGUCGAUUGCGGCAGUCAAGACGGAUGGACUGGUCGUGGCGGCAGGCCUCGUGGGGAAGAAGGUCGAGCCCGUUCCGAUGUUGGCUGCCCUCGGCCGCCCAUGCAUCGUGAGGGGUGUGCUCCUGGGCAGCCGGAAACAGUUCCAGGACAUGGUCCGCUUCGUGGAGGAGAAGGGCAUCAAGCCGGUGGUUGACGAUGUGACGUUCGAGCUUGCCCAGGCGAAGGAUGCGUAUGCCCGGUUGGACGCAAAGAAGCACUUUUCAAAGGUUGUCAUCCGGAUUGACCAUUAA